AUGAUUCAGGGCGAGUUUGACUAUCACCUGAACCUCCAGAAAUCGCUGGCGACUUGCCCAAACGUGCGAGGGGUGGUUGAUACCGUCAAAGAUCUGGAGAUGUUCAUCUACCCGUACUUGUCUGGAGAUCUGCUUCGUUUAAGUCAGAGAAAAUUAUCGGAAGAUACGAGGAGAUAUAUUCUCCGAAGUGCUUUGCAAGGCCUCAUGAUCUAUGUGAUGGUCAAUGAGAUGGUCUUCCGUGUCAACGACGACGAACUAAAUUCCGCGGAUUCGUGGCGUCAUAUCCUUCGCCGGCAUAUAUCUUACUUUGCGGACGAAGAUGGCCUCAAUGGGUUUCUCGAACAUAUUGGAGAAGAAAAUCCAUUUUACGACCGUUUGAUAGAUCUCGCCAACACCUUUGGGCCAGAGAAUCCUAGGCAGCCUUUUGAGCGUUGGGGCUAUGUAGAGGCUGAUCUCAGAGACCUGGUUGGUAAGAUGGCGAAUUUAGACCCAACGAAGAGGAUAACUGCGACGGAGGCGCUCCAGCACCGCUGGUUUAGCAAAACUGGUCUAUAG